AUGGCCACUUCUCGCCCCACCAAAGUCCUGAGCGUCGGCCUUCCUCGCACAGGGUCCUAUUCCAUGAUGCUCGCCCUCACCGAGCUGGGCUUCAAGGACGUCUAUCACGGCCUCAACGCCAUCGACAGUCCCAACGACUGGCGCUUCUUCGGUCGUGCCUCAGACGCCCUAUUCCCGUCAUUACCUUUCUACACCGGCAAGGGCAUGACCGCCGCCGACUGGGACCACGUCUUUGGACCCUGCGAGGGCAUCACCGACAUCGCAGCCCCCUUCACACCAUCACUCAUCGAUGCGUACCCAGAAGCCAAACUCGUUCUCGUCAUCCGAGAUUAUGAGAAGUGGCGGGUCGAGCCCAUGAUGGGCGCCGACAGCACGGGGAACAUCCAGAAGAUGAUGCUGGGCUGGGUGGGAGGUAGCAACGUUCCCGAAUUAGAAUCGAAGCUCGGCGAGAUCUAUGAGCGCCAUCACGAGCAUAUUCUCAAGACGGUCCCCAAGGAGAGACUGCUGGUGUACAAGCUUGGUGAGGGCUGGGGCCCCUUGUGCGAGUUCCUUGAGAUGCCUGUGCUGGAGAGGCUUUUCCCACAAGGCAACGAAGCGGCAGCACUCAGAAGCAAGAUCUUUGAUAAGCAGAAACGAGUUCUUCUGGAAGCCGGAGCGCGCUUCGCGCCGUGGCUUGUUGGCGCAGGGGCUGUCGCGGAAGGGCUUUGGUAUACUCUGUCCAUGUAG